AGGACGUGUGCAGGAUUUGCUCUCCUCGAGUCGAUUAACUUGGGCCGAGCCUCUUCCGAGGGGACGAUUUAGCCGUCUUCCGACAGUUGGAUCGACGCAAUCAAUCGGAAGUUUAAGACGUCAAGUAGACGUUUAUGGACGCGUUCGAUAAUCUACGACGUCUAGCAGAGACUUUAUUUUAUAGAGGGUCGAAGUGCAGCGUUGAAUCGAGUUUGGGACGUCAAAAUAGGCGUUUUAGUACCUGCUUUAUAAUCUACGACGUCUAGCAGAGACUUUAUUUUAUAGAAGAUCGACUAUAGACAGCCUGUUUCCUAUUCUUAACCAUAAGAGAGUCCCUGUGGAGAUGUAAAUCAUGAUUUACUAUUGAAAGACGUAAAGAGGCAAGAGUUCGGCGCUGCAAAUAGGAGUUUUUUGGGACUGAAAAGAGGAGUUUUUGGUUCUGAAAAGAGGAGCUUUUGGGGCUGAAAAGAGGAGUUGUUUGGGACAGAAAAAGGGAGCUUUUAGGACUGGGGCUGAAAAGAGGCAAGAGUUUAGCUCUGAAAAGAGGAGUUUUAGGGAUUAAAAAGAGGUGAUUUUUGAGACUGAAAAGAGGAGUUUUUGGUACUGAAAAGAGGAGUUUUUAGGGACUGAAAAGAGGAGUUUUUCGGGCUGAAAGGAGGAGUGUUUGAUUCUGAAAAGAGGAACUUUUGGUACUGAAAAGAAGAACUUUUGGUACUGAAAAGAGGCACUUUUGAGUCUGAAAAGAGGCAAGUUUUGGUAAUGAAAUGCCUGUGAAAAAAACGGAACAAUAAAAGCCGUGUUUCGCGAGUGAUACCGAAGAAGCAACAGCAGCCAUGGCGAAGACGGAAGUUCUGUCAGGUGGACACGUUCAAGCGAGCGCGUCUACGACGGCGCCAGUGGACAGGAAUAACAACACAGACGACGAAAACAACAACAACAAUGACAGUGCCGGGAAACCUCACCUCCACUCCAUGGGCUCCCCCUUGAAGGCGCCGAACGGAAAAUACCAGCUACGACCGCGGUCGCUCCAAGCCCGACGAUUCUGCGACGACUGGAGCUUCCACGACUCCCUGAGGGACAAGCCCCGCCAGCAGCCGUUAUCCCGCUACCGCCGGAAGACCGCCAACGCCCGCGAGAGGUACCGCAUGCGGCAGAUCAACACGGCCUUCGAGAGCCUCCGGGGCGUCCUGCCCUCUUGGGUCUGCAGCCGGAAGGCCGCCUCGGAUCUCACGAAGAUCACGACCCUGCGACUGGCUUCGGCCUACAUCCGCGCCCUGCAGGACAUCCUCGAAGGGAACGCGUCAGAGGAGUCAUGCCCUUGGGUCUUCUCGUCCAUCCUGAAUGACGGCAGCGGCAGCGGCGGCUCCGCCAAAGGACGCCGCAAGUCUUGCGGCGGCGGCGGCGUCAGCAAAGGGAAUCCGGGCGAGGACGUCGGCUCCGAAGACGAUCUCCUCAAGAAGUCAUCGCCUCUGACUCUGGGCCCUCAGGCGACGUCUACCGACGCGGAUUUCGUGUCGCUUCUUUGCGGAGGGAACGGGACGGAUGCAACAACUCUGGACGACGACGGUUUCGACACCUUUGCCCACCUGUCACCCAUCGGCGACGACAGCGAUCCCGUGACUCUGCUGCUACUGGGAUCCGAUUCGACGUCGCGCUGCUGCUGGGGGGCCAACGAAGGUCAGCAGGUGCCGCUGGUCACGUGAUGUCUGUGUCCCGUAGAUCGAAGUUGCGUCCGAAAAUUUAGAAAUUUUUUAGGAGAUGGAUUUUGUAAAAAGAAAAAAAAAGUAAGAUUAGAAAUGAUUUAAGAGAUGGAUUUUGGAAAAAGAGUAACAGUUAUUUGUCCAUUAAAACAAAAAGUAACUUCAAGAAAAAAUGAGAUAGUUUAUCACAUUCUUACGCGUUCCUUCUGUUCUGAAAUUGAAUGUCUUUUCUGUACAUACAAGUCGACUGUUUCUUUCAAUGAGUGAGAUAUAUAUGAUAUGGCCAAAAAAAGACAAAAAUAUCCUAGAAUGUUAUGCAAUUCAUAUUCGUUUUUUUUUCUGUGAGAAAUACAAAACUGAAUAAUCUCUUAUCUUGACUUUCGUCAAGUGGAACCAAGGAAGAUACGAAGAGAAGAUUAAGGAAAAAGGCAUUACAGAAAAUAACAGAUUCCUUUCACGAUGUUAGUUUUCAAAUGGUUGUGGUGAUGCGAUACGGUGCUUCAGAAUCGUUUUUUCUAUCAGUCUGUGGAUGUCUAGAUAUCCCAUAAUAUUCAGACGUCACAGACAAACGUAAUUUCUAUACAAAAUUAAACAUUGUUCUCGUCAGUCAGUGGACUAAACGUUUAGACAACCUAUAACAUUCUGACGUCGCAGAAAAACGUAAUUAUUAUACAAUAUUAAACAACCCAUAAUAUUCUGACGCCACAGAAAAACGUAAUUUUUAUACAAAAUUAAACUAUCCAUAAUAUUCUGACUCACAUAAAAACGUAAUUUUUAUACAAAAUCAAACAUUUUUCUCGUCAGUCAGUGGACGUUGAGACAUCCCAAAACAUUCUGAGGUCACAGAUAAACAUAAUGUUUAUAAAAAUCAAACUGUUUCUGUCAGUCAGUGGACGUUUAGAAAACCCAUAGCAUUCUGACAUCACGGAAAAACAUUUUUAUACAAAAUUAAACAUUGUUCUCGUGAGUCAGUGGACGUUUAGUCAACCCAUAACAUUCUGACGUCACAAAAAUGUAAUUUUUAUACAAAAUCAAACAAGCCAUUACAUUAUGACGUCACAAAAACGCAAUUUCUGUACAAAAUCAAACAUUUUUCUUGUCAGUCAGUGGACGUGUAGACAACCCAUAAUAUUCUGACGUCACAGAAAAUUGUAAUUUCUCUACAGAACGAUAAUUGUGGGUCCAAGGAUGUAUUUCUGAUAUAUUUCUCGUUACCAGUAAGCAACCUGGAAAUGUUCUUACUAAAUAAUAGUUAUUGAAAUGACAGUAACUCAAGAAAAAUUUGUUCCGUAUGUGCUAAUGUGUUUAUGUUGACAUUUAUUUGUAAAUGUUAAGUUAAUCUGAUGUUAUAAAUGUUAUGACUCUAUUCACGAUCUUGCAAACUUAAUAUUAACACGAACUAUGCUGUCAUCACAUGUGAUUAAGAGAUUAAUUGAAUCAGUUACUAGAUCAAUAAUAAUGUUUUUUGAAGAAAAGUCAGUGAUGUAAAAAGACAUUUGGAUAAAACUUAAAUAUUUUUAUGAUUAAUAUAUAUUACUGAUAUAUUUUAUAAGCUAGAAACCAAAACGAGUCUUUAAAGAACAAAACAUCUAGCUUAGUUUUCAACACGAGUCGAGUUUUGUGAAUCUUAAAGGCAUUGCCUUUGCAAUUAUAUCUACAAUGGAUUCAAAGAAAUUUGAUAUUUGGUUAAUCGACGUAUAUUCCCAUGAUACUGAAAUUUCUCGAUAAGGAUCUAAUAUAAACAUUGUAAAACCACGUCUGAAAUAAACCAACCUUUCAAAAAGAUAGAAACAUUGUUUUUACUUUUUUUUCUGAAAAGUUUGUUAAAUACCGUCAUUUUUAUUUUGUAUUUUCAUUUUUUCUUCACAAACGGAUUACGAAUUAAUUCCUCGUAUAUAAUGAACAAGUCCUACGAGAAGAAAGCAUUUAAAUACUUAAUUCUGAUCUAAAUAGUUGACCUUAUUCAUUCUAUUUACUCUUUAGAAGACUGCCAACACUCGUCCCUGGUCUGAAAAUAGGCUUCAAUAUAAACAAACUUUUCUUCUUGAAUUUUUAACUUUGACAAGUCCGAUGUGACGCAGUGUCUACGAACGAUGAUUGCUCUGCUACUCUCUUUUUGGCGAUGCAGCAUCUGUGGUCAGCAGAAGAUGAAUGGGUUAUUAUGUGUUGUGAGUGUGCAUGUAUGCAUAUGUAUAAUUAUUUUUAUGAAUAAGUGGAAAUGCAAUAAAUCAGUGCUUUUAUGUGUAUAUAGAUAUUUGUGUGUUUAUGUACGUAUAUGUAUACAUAUGUAUGCAUUUAUGAAAGUAUAGGAAUUUAUAUGUAAAUAUACAUACAUAUAUACAUAAUACAUGCAUAUAUAUAACUUAGAA